AUGGAAGGCACCGUUCAUCGAUUCAGGGUCCAUCGUACAAAUACUUCGCGGUCAGAUCAAGACCAGCGGAGCACCGGACCCAGCGGGUCCCCUCCAGCUAAUAGCCCCGCUCACAAUCGCCGUUCAUCAACUCUACCGGCCUGUCGCCGAUGUCGCCAGCAAAAGAAACGAUGCACGCGAACUGCCGAGGGACCGUGCAAACCAUGUAUUUCUGCAUGGUUGCCUUGCUCGCUUAUGGAGCGAGACGUGAGUCCGCAUUCGCGUGAAAGAGAGCUGCGAUCCAGGAUCGAUUGGCUUAGCCAGUUGGUGAAUCAGACCUUGCCGGCGGGUGGACCGCAGAUUGAGUCUAUUGAAACGGGCCGCAAUUUAUCCCUUGGAUCGAAUAAUGAAAUCGAGUCUACAUCCAUUGUCCCGGUUGAGGAUCACAUGGAAGAAGAUGAUGUGCGCGAAGUGAGUGUGUCAUCUGAAAAAUCGGAUGAAGAUAAGCCUAUACCAGUUUCAGGGGGUGGCAGGUGUUUGCAGGCGUAUUUUCGACACGUUCAUCGAGCCUAUCCGUUCUCAGAUAGUGAGGUGAUUCAACAAGAAUUUGAAAAUAUUUGUUCUGAGCAAGCUAAGAAUGGACUUCUCCCCCGAUCGGCUGUGCCAAGUCGAAUGCAAAUGCUUAUGGCUAUUGGAUUUACAACGCUGCAGCGGGCGGGAGAGGCUCAAGAUAUCGAGCAAUCGCUGUUUGAACCGUGUCUGAAAACAAUUCUCUGUGAAUGCUUGCGCCGUGUGGAUGAGAAUUCAGCGGGUACCUUACUUCUGCUUGGCUUGUAUCUCCUGUUCAAGCCGGAUGAUAUGGAUCCCAGGGCGAUUGUUGGAGUCCUCACCCGACAUGCAUUGGCAAUUGGGUUGGUGAGUGAAACGCCGAGCAGCCAAAAUCUUUCGCCGCGUGCUUUAGAGUUGCGUCGCCGACUGAGUUGGUCAAUAUACGUAUUUGAUCGCAUGAUAGGUAUCUCAUACGGACUUCCUUUUGGUCUUCCCGAUGAUGCGAUGCAAGUGCCAUUACCAAGUAUUAUGAUCCAUGAGUAUGGCUCAGAAGAAGGUCACCAAUAUACAAUAGCUUUGCAAGUCAGCAGACAUGUUAUCGCGCUCCGGCAACUGGAAACACGUAUUGUGAAUUCAAUUUAUAAACGUGGACUCUUGAUACACCCACAAGAGUUACGUCGGCAGAUUGAAGAUUGGUACACACAGGGCUGUCUACUAUCCAGCUCGGCCUUAUGGGAACAGGACCAAGUUCCCUUCCACACGACCAUUACUUGGUUGAAUGUCCGAUACCAGAAUCUCCUUCUCUUGCUUUACACUCCAGCGCAAGGGGACUCGGCAUCAGAGGAUAAUCUAUCAAAGCUACAAGCCGCCGCCCAGCAAUACAUCCAACUAAGUAUUAUUCUGCACGAACACCGUCACCUCCCAAUAAAUUGGGUCACUCUGUGUCGCUUGCUAUCUCUAGCUGCAAUCUUCCUCUACUGUGUAGCACGAUGGACACCUGCUUUUCAAGAUAUCCCGGAAAUUUCUCUACUCGCUUCCCUACUGGAUCUCUUCUCACCAUCCUGGAUUGCAGCACACAAGACGGCGAGAAUCCUAAGACGAUUGACAGACAUGAUCGCGAAGCCAAACCCGCCCAUAAUACCCAUCAGCCAGUCCUCUGCCUCCGUGAUUACCACACCCGGACUAGAAGUCGAGUUGGGCCUACAGUCAAUACAAGACGAACUAUCAUCAUUGCUUAACGAAACACUCGGCGAAGCGAGUUUCUACACUUGGCCUUUGAGGACGAAGGUUACAGAGAGACGGCUCUCUCAUCACCUUGUGUCAAUGGAUGGUUUGACUCGAUUGGCGAAUGGCAGUCAAUUUGGCACUCAAAUUGGAAUUCCACUCAAUAGUGUUUUGUCACCGACAGAUAAUGCAAUUGAUGGAAGCCCUCUGGAGACACAAUGGAUGAGCUUACUGGGUGGUUUGGGAUCCGAUAUGCUUUGA